UCCCCCCUCCCUACCCUUCUCUGUCACGGUUGACAGUGAGCGAAACAAACAUGGCGACGGCGUUGAACGGACGCGGGUUUCUGGGAACUUUGCUGCUCUUGACCCACCUCGCUGUUGGCGUCCGUGCCGAAGCGGCCCUAGCGGAGCCGCGGACCGCCACGCGGAUUCUAGGCAUGCGGCUAGAGCGCAGCGACACGCCGGCCGCGACCACCGACCGCGGGGUGAUCCAGGUAACCGAGGGCAGCGACAUCCUGGUCCGGUUCUACGGGCUCCACUUGUUCCCCAACAGUUCCGCGCUGGUCCGCUUCACGGAACUCUACUCUAGCGAGUCGGAGGACGAUGCGCAUGGCGCCGUGGAUGUGUCUCUUAAUAGGACUUGCCCGGAACAUAGCAAGGAUCUGCUGGUGAAGGGCACCAUGGACGUGAGUAAUCGCAACACCUCUGGGGUGGCAAGCGUCGUCGUCAAGCAGCUCCGCAAAAGCGAGGUGGUCAAGGUGUUCGCUCUGUGCGUGCGGGACCCCCUGGACCCGCCGGACGCCUGGUCCCUGCUGGACGAGAUGGACGGGAGGGUGCGCGUGGUGGAGGUCAAGAAGUCUCUGCUCCCCAUCUGGCUCCAGGUGAUCCUCAUCUCAUUUCUCCUGGUCCUGUCGGGCAUGUUCAGCGGGCUGAACUUGGGCCUCAUGGCCCUGGACCCUAUGGAGCUGCGCAUCGUGCAGAGCUGUGGCACGGAGAAGGAGAAAAAGUACGCCCGCAAGAUCGAGCCCAUCCGUCGUAAGGGAAACUACCUGUUGUGUUCGCUCCUGCUGGGCAACGUGCUGGUGAACACUACGCUCACUAUCCUGCUGGAUGACCUGACUAAAUCGGGCGUGGGCGCUGUGGUGGCCUCCACGGUGGGCAUCGUCAUCUUCGGCGAGAUCGUGCCGCAGGCGCUGUGCUCGCGGCAUGGCCUGGCGGUGGGCGCAAACACCAUCCUAGUCACCAAACUCUUCAUGCUCCUCACCUUCCCAUUGUCGUGGCCAAUCAGCAAGAUCCUGGACUGCGUGCUGGGCCAGGAGAUUGGCACCGUCUACAACCGCGAGAAACUGGUAGAGAUGCUGAAGGUGACGGAGCCCUACAACGACUUGGUCAAGGAGGAGCUUAACAUGAUCCAGGGGGCGCUGGAGCUGCGCACCAAGACGGUGGAGGACGUGAUGACGCCGUUGGGUAACUGCUUCAUGAUCCACAGCGACGCCGUGCUGGACUUCAACACCAUGUCUGAGAUCAUGGAGAGCGGCUACACGCGGAUCCCAGUCUACGAGGGCGAGCGCUCCAAUAUUGUGGACGUGCUCUUCGUCAAGGACCUGGCCUUCGUUGAUCCGGACGACUGCACCUUGCUCAAGACUAUCACAAAGUUCUAUAACCACCCCGUACACUUUGUCUUCCAUGACACAAAGCUGGACUCCAUGCUGGAAGAGUUCAAGAAAGGCAAAUCCCACCUGGCCAUCGUGCAGAAGGUGAACAACGAGGGCGAAGGUGACCCCUUUUACGAGGUCCUAGGCCUGGUCACGCUAGAGGAUGUCAUCGAGGAAAUCAUCAAAUCGGAGAUUUUGGACGAGUCGGACCAGUAUACUGACAACCGCACCAGAAAGAAGGUGGCACCCAACAAAAACAAGAGGGACUUCUCGGCCUUCAAGCACGAGACAGAGUCCAAGGUGAAGAUUUCCCCUCAGUUGCUGCUUGCUGCGCACCGCUUCCUGGCUACAGAGGUCACCCUAUUCAGCCCGGCUCAGAUCUCCGACAAGGUGCUGCUAAGAAUCCUGCGCCACCCCGACGUCAUCCAAGAGAUCAAGUUCAACGAGAAUGACAAAUGCUCGCCGCAUCACUACAUCUACCAGAGAGGAAAAUCUGUUGACUACUUCAUUCUCAUACUGCAGGGUCGAGUGGAAGUGGAGGCCGGCAACGAGAACAUGAAAUUUGAGACUGGGCCAUUCUCCUACUACGGCAUCAUGGCACUCAGUGCUCCAAUGCUAGAAUCUUCAAGUUGCAAAGUAUGAUAAUAUUCUUACAUAUCAUAAUCCCCUCCCCACAUCAAUAUGCUCACAACAAGAAGCCUGAAGCCACCUUAGUUUUGCAUGUGGGCACCUAUUUUGUCCGUUGGCAUCGGGUUCCACCGGUCGGUCACUUUUUGUACUUUCUCCUCUCAGCAGCCGCUCCCCGUCCUCGCCUCCUCUCCUUUAAGAGGUUUUCUCUGUUCGCUCGCUUGCCAGGUAACUUCCGGCAUGUUGGGGUGUCUUUAACACCGAUGGGAGGGUGAUAGUAAAGUCUUAGUCUUUGAUUGGAAAUAAAGUGUCAAAGUAGCCCUAGUGAACUAACGUAGCCAUCAACGUUGUCACUCAUUGCAACAAAAUCAAAGACCUUGUCGGGAAAACCGUGAACGCAUAGCCAACGUUGCUAAGCCAUUAGCGGCUAGUGCGAAAUCAGACUUGAGUUACUUCAUAAUUUUAGUUUGCAUGUUAGGAGAAUAUUAGACAAUGUAGCUUCUAAGAUUCUAACUCUUUCAUCAUUUUCCAGGUAAUUGCUUGACAUCCAGUUGGAAACAUUUGAUGAUGAGGGGGAAAAAAUGUCAAUUAUUUCAAUUGACCCUUUACAAGACAAGUUAAUAUUGGGUUAUUUAAAAAAACUCUUAAAGACUUGCCGUCCACAUACGCCACAUCACAUUUUGGAUCAUAGAGAUACGGGCUCAUACGUCUCGUACCAUUAUGACUUUAUUGUUGUAAUAUUAUGACUUUAUGGUUGUAAUAUUAAGUCAUUAUUGUUGUGAUAUCAAGUCAUUAAUGUUGUAGUAUUAACUAUUAUUGAUUUUAUUUAAGACUUUUUUUUUUUUUUUUUUGGUCGUAGUAAUGUAUUAUGAUUUUAUUGUCGAAGUAUUUAGACUAGGGAUGUCCCAAUUGGAUAUUUUUGCACCUGACCCAGAGUCUGAGUCACAUGAUUUUGAGAAUCUGCCGAUACCGAGUCAUAAUCCAAUACCAUACAUACAUUUUACAGUACAGUACAAUACAGUACUUCUUGUUGCGGAGUAUAAAGCAUAUAUAUUUUUGUUUCUUUUGGCAAUGUCAUAAUUUUUCUGUUUUUUUUUUUUUUUUUUACUUUUUAGCACUUUGAAAUAUUAUGGCGGAAAACACAGACAAGGCUGAAAAAGCAGUUUCUGCUCUUGCACCCCUUUUUAAAAUAAACUGCUGUAUUUUAAGCCAAAAGAACUGUUGUGUUUGAUAGAACAAUAUGUCUGUAUGAUGCCAUAGUUGAUUCAUGGCGCAUUAAGUCCCAGAACUAUUUUUAAUUUGUCCGUUUUACCGUGGAAACCCUCGUUUACAUCCUAGCCAUAAAAAGAAGGUAAUUAAUCAUAUUUAUUAUUCGAAAUGUCUCAUUUUUAGCUUAGAAUCAUUAAUUGAAUUCUAGUAUUUAGUUUAAAAAAAAAAACAUUUAAAAAAAUUAUUGACUCGCAUAUUUUAACCUUUUGAGCAAAUUAUGUUACAAUGAAAAAAUGGGCGUCUGUAAAAAAGUCACGGAUAUCUACCUCAUAACUAUCGCUUAAUUGUAUUUUUUUCCGUUACGGUCUCAUUUUCCGUUGGCAUAUUAUUGGCAAUAUUUUAGAUGAUAAAUAAUCGAUCCAAAGAAAAAUUGAAAGAAAGAAAAACGUUUAAAAUGGUAAAUAUAUGAAAAUGAAAAUCUCGACCACUCCUGUCUGCGAUUUCUGCAUCGCGACCCUUGUUAUAUUACCAUAUUUCACCCAUAAAAUCCCCCAAAACUCCGGCUGUGGCCAUUCACAGCUGUGUCUUGACACUCAGUGAUACAUGCUACAUGGAGUUUUUGGAUCGAAAAGAGGUAAGUACACGAUAAUAUCUCGUUAAAAUCGUGGCAUCUUUAUUUAUCCUAUCGUGUGCUCUCACCUCCAGUUAGGGUUUUGCUGUUAAAAUUAUUUAUUUAUUUAUUUAUUUUUAAUAUGCCCUCCUGUUCAAAAUUUUUCUUCCCCCAGAAAAUUGCUAUUUUAAGCUUUCCAAUGAUGUAUCACGCAUGCAUUUAGCACAAUUUUGAAAUUUGGGCAAAUUGGGGGUCUCGGAGCAGAACUUCAAGUCACCUGAGUGUUUUCUGCCAUAUAUAUAUUUAAAAAUUAAAAACGCGAUCCUUUUCACCCGAUUACGAUCCUCUGAAAAAUACCAUAUCGGCCCAAUUUCAGAUCAGGCAAUUGGAUCAGUAAUGUCCCAAAUUUAGAUGUGAUUGUCGUAGUAUUUAGACGUUAUUGUCGUAGUAUUUAGAUGUUAUUGUCGUAGUAUUAAGUCUUUAUUGUUGUACUAUUACUUUUUUUCUCGUAAAAUUAUUCUUCUAAGCCUAAUACGCCACCGUAAAUGUGUUAUGUAGUUGUAUAUACUUUAUUUUUUUAAUUAAGUACAGUAGUUCUAAAUAAAUUAUUUUAGUACCAUUUUGUCUUCCUUGUGGUUCCCUACUGGAUGUUAGAAGGUUCACAUAACAAGCCAUAAACAUCUAACCACUAACUCACAUUUUAACUGGUUCAUUUUAGUUUGUAGCUAGCUUUACUGCCUAGAAGAAGACAAGUAUCUAACGUUGAAGUUGCCGUGUGUAGGUAAAACCGUGUCCUAUGACUCACUGAGGCCUCCUGCUGGACGACUCACGCUGACUGGUAAUCGUCAUUAGCGUGUGUAUGUGUGACCACGCCUUUGUGCAUGACACAGUUUUUGUGUGAUGCACUCAUUGCACUGCAUUGUUUGUCAUGGAAGUGUGCGUGCUUGUGUUAGUGGCCUUGUGGAAAAUAACCAAAGAAAUACUUUUGGAUGCCUCCAGGCCAUCGUUAAAAAUGUUAUUAAACAGAUGUUUGUGACUAAUUGUGUGACAAAAUGAUGAAACAGCUGAUGGAAAGUUUUUCCUCUUGGUUUUAUCUUCACUUUGACACUGUGGACAAACUAAAAAUGUGUGUUCAACUUUUAACUUUGGAGCUGCCAUAGACGACAUCCAAUCCAUUUGAACUGGGAGGGCUGGCAACGCUGCUAACCCUCGCAUUUCAAAUGGAUUGGACGUCUAUCGUUGUCAUUGGCACUCAACCCUUUAUAGGGCAAUUCCCUAUUUUUGGUCAUUUAAAAAAACUUCAGCUUUGGGUCACAAUUUGGGUCACUUCCUGUUCAAUUCGGGUCAAUUUCUGUUGAUUUAGGUUCAAUUCCAGGCCACUUCCUGUUGCUUUUUUGGUUAUUUCCAAAACUGGUCCCAAAAGCACUCUUAAGUAAAUUUUGGAGUGUUUAGUAGUAAAAGUCCACCAAAUGCCCUAUGAAGGGUAAAAGGAGCACGAGGGCUAGGGUUAACUUUGUUCAUAUUCCAAAUGUCAGCUCACUAUAUUAACACAAAGAUACAGUAAAAGAGCAGAGUUACGAGCUCCAUGUUUGUCAGUGUUUGUUUUGCCAUGAUGGGAAGGGAACUACCGUUCAUCUCUCAGCACCCUGGCACAUAAUAUUUCAUUUGCUAAUGUAUUGACAGCAUCCAAAAAGAUGCCGCCAUUUUUAAUAACAAUUACCAACCAACAUACCGUAAUUUUCUGACUAUAAGGCGCACCUGACUAAAAGCUGCCACUCGCCAAAUUUGGCACGAAAACGGCAUUUGUUCAUAGAUAGGCCACAGCUGUCCUCACUGUAUUAUGGGAUAUUUACACAAAAGAUACGAACUGGUAACACUUUAUUUGACAGCAGUGUCAUAAGACUGUCAUAAUUAUGACAUGACAAUGUCAUGGGCUUUAAUGAAUGCUUAUGACGAUGUCAUUAAGUGUCAUCUGGCAAAUGAUCUCACUUUUUAAUGGAGGUAAAAGAUCUGAACUGGACAUACACUGCUGGCCAAAAGUAUUGGCACCCAUGCAAUUCUGUCAGAUAUUGCUCAAUUUCUCCCAGAAAAUGAUAACAAUUACAGACGCUUUGGUAGAAAUAUCUUUAUUUAUUUUGCUUGCAAUGAAAAAACACACAAGAGAAUGGAAACAUUUUGUAAUCAUUAUCAUUUUACACAAAACUCCAAAAAAAUGGGCUGGACAAAGGUAUUGGGACCCUUUGAAAAAUCAUGUGAUGCUUCUCUAAUUUGUGUAAUUAACUGCACCUGUUACUUAUCUGUGGCAUAUAACAACGUGGUGGCAAUAACUAAGGGCCCAAGUACACCAGCUGCAUGAUCGUUGCGGUUCCAGUCCGGUUCAGUGUUGACUGCGUGCCACGCAGUACGUCAAAAACAGGCAAAUCAUACUGGCUGCGAAAAACACACGGAGUCUAUACUCAUCAGAGAAGCAGAGAGAGAGCACAUUUUUUCUUUGCAUAUUGAUAUUUUAUGUCUCUUAAUUCCAGAUUGACUGCAUCAUGUUGAGAUCAGGGCUCCGUGUGUGGGGGGAAGGGGGCGGGGCCCUAUUAUGCCCUUGGUUGUGUCGGUGGGUUUAUAUCUUUGUGCACAUUUAAAAUUAUGGCACAUAACAUGUCAUAGAGCUGUUAUAAACAACUGUUAAAUAAUCUGCAAUAUUUAUAAAAUGGAUAGCGAAUUAUAUACUACACGAGCUAAAAAACAGCGUACUUGGAAUUGGUGUCUCAACACUGCAGAUUCCUGUGCCCAGUGCAAACUGUUGGUUUUUCUAUGAAAAGUCAAGUAAAAUGUAGGAAAGAAAGAGAAACGUCUCAAAUAGACCACCAGGUUGAAACUUGUGGGUGUCUCUAUUCUCUUUCGUACUUUUCCCCCUCGACUCUGUAUACAAACCGCCAUUGUGUGUGCGCCGGGCACGAGAAUUUCUGCAGUGGAACCACUUCCAGAUACGCUGCUUUUUUUUUUUUCGCUCAAAGUUGUCAGCACGUCGUGUGUUUGAUAUCAUUGCCAGAAAAACACACAUAAUAGGACACCUUGCAGCUUCGCUUUUAAUGCUGUCCUUAUAAUAACGAUCUGCUGCAUCAUAUAUCACUUUGUGACUUUCCAGCUCCAUGAUGAAACAUUCUUCGUCCAUGUUCGCUGGUGUUUAAACCGUGAAUAAACAACUGGGCUGUUACGUCCAGGACCAGCUCCGCCCAUUUUCUCGGAUGCGUGUCCGGCAAAAAUAGAAAAUAGCCUAUACCAUCCGGCGGGCAUGUGGCACGCCGGAGAUGGUUCGCAGUCAAUCCGGAGCACUGACGCGGCCGGUAUACGUUGAAUAAUAGGAUAUAAUGGGAACUGAUUGGCUCCGGUGCUAUUUUUUACCGGAGUCGGACCGGAACCGCAACGAUCAUGCCUCUGGUGUACUUGGGCCCUAAAUCACACUUGCAGCCAGUUAAAAUCGAUUAAAGUUGACUCCUUGUGUGUACCACAUUGAGCAUGGAGAAAAGAAAGAAAACCAAAGAACCGUCUAAGGACUUGAAGAGUAAAAUUGUGAGAAAGCAUGGGCAUCUCAAGGCUACAAGUCCAUCUCCAAAGACCUGAACGUUCCUGUGUCUACCAUGCCAUCAAUAAGUGUGUCAUCAAUAAGUGUAAAGCCCAUGGCACAGUGGCUAAGCUCCCUAGAUGUGGACGUAAAAGAAAAAUGUAUUAAAGUUUUUAAAGAAAGAUUGAACCUCGACUGAAGAACCUCAACUAACAUCCAAACAAGUUCCAACUGUCCUGCAGUCCAAGGGUACAACAGUGUCAACCUGAACUAUCCUGCGGCAUCUGAAUGAAAAGAGACUCUAUGGUAGGAUACCCAGGAAGACCCCACCACUGACCCAGAAACAUAAAAAAGUUGGGCUUGAGUUGGCCAAAACUUAACUGAGAAAGCCAAAAACGUUUUGGAAGAAUGUUCUCUGGUCAGAUGAGACAAAAGUAGAGCUUUUGGGGAAAAAGGCAUCAACAUAGAGUUUACAGGAAAAAAAAACAAGGCCUUCAAAGAAAACAACACGAUCCCCACAGUUAAACAUGGUGGAGGUUCCCUGAUGUUUUGAGGUUGCUUUGCUGCCUCUGGCACUGGACUACUUGACCGUGUGCAUGGCAUUAUGAAGUCUGAAGACUACCAACAUAUUUUGCAGUAUAAUGUAGGGCCCAGUGUAAGAAAGUUGGGUCUCCCUCAGAGAUCAUUGGUCUUCCAGCAGGACAAUGACCAGAAACACACUUCAAAAAGCACUGGAAAAUGGUUUGAGAGAGCACUGGAGACUUUUGGGCAGCACUGUAAAUUGAGUUAGUGACAAAAUUUGUCAAAUGAAUUUCAUUAAUGCCCAUGACAGUGUCAUGUCAUAAUUAUGACUCAUAUAAAUGUCUUAUGACGCCGCUGUCAAAUAAAGCGUUACCUAUUAACCCAAAUAAAUCAACAAAUAAGACUCACUGGACUAUAAGCUGCAGGAUUCAAAAUGAGGGGAAAAAGUAGCAGCUUAUAGUUGGAAAAUUACGGUAUGUACACGCGUAAAGACACUGUCUUUUCCCCGUUCAAUGGACCCACAUGCUAAACAACGAAGCACGAGCAUGCCGACAAUUUACCAUACAUAAAGGUACUGUAUUGCAGGAAAACUCAAAAGUACAGUACAUCACUUGUCAGGAGGAAGUCGUCGUUUCAAUUGCCUCCGUUGAUUGAAAAUAUCUUCGAUGCAUAUCCUUGUUUUGUAUCUUAAUUUGUCCUGACUCAUUUGACAUUCGGAACGAGGAGUUUUUGGUCUACUGGUGGACAUCAUGACUGUCAAAGUGGUAGCAACCUUAGUUUACGUAGCCUACAGAGCUGUGGCAACCUGGAUGAAGACCAAGAACUGAUCUCGUAAUUGCCUGAUUGAUGGAGUGCGGGACAUCAGUUGUAAACACAGGACCCAAGCAUAGUAUCGACUUUUAAAAUGGGGAAAAUCUCGGCUCAGCUAUUGGGGAAAGACAUGUUUCUUUAAUAUCUUAAAAUACUAAGGCCAUUUGUAGGUGUAAAUGUGACAUCGUGCUGUUUCAAGCAUGAUUAAUCAGCACCAGUUCAAAUGGGUGGAACGUCUACCGCAAUAUGUUAACGU